AUGUCUUCUGAAACACCCUCCACUCGCAUUCAAACACCAGAUGUCACCACAUCAGAAGUCGAAAGAACAGCCCACGUCCAGCGUCUAAUGGACCGCCUCCUCGAAAAGAGCCCGAUCUACAACUUCAUAAUGUCACCCGUCAAACUCAUCAGCGCCACGCAAGGAACAGUAACAACUCAAAUGGUCUUAAACGCCAACCACGUCAACAGCAGAGGAGGUCUGCACGGCGCCGUGUCGGCGACAAUCAUCGACUUUGUAACGGGUCUCGCCAUCGCGUCUUGGGAUCUGAGGGAAACGACGGGGGCGAGCGUUGAUAUGCACAUCAGCUAUCUCAGCACGGCAAAGGUUGGGGAUACGGUUGAGAUUGUGUCUACUGCGGACAAGGUUGGAGGGAGCAUGGCUUUUUCGACUAUUCGGAUCUCCAAGGUUGGGGAGGAUGGGAGUUUGACGCCUGUUACUGUUGGGCAGCAUACAAAGUAUGUGAGGCAGAGCUCAGCGAAGACGGAUAAGGCAUGA